AUGAAGCUCGUAAUAAUCACCAACAAUCCGAGCGGUGCGCAAGCAGAGGUACAGAAAGCGCUGCUGAGACGAUUCGAAGAAUGUUUGCGUGCUGAAGAGAAAAGAGGUGAAGAAGAAAGAGAAGAAGAAGAAAAUGCAAUCGUCGUCGGCCUUCCCCGGCACUUCGAGUUGGCAAUACCUACUGCUACCGCGCAUAAAGGCGUUGUCGUUCUCGACGUCUCGCACGAGAAACUCGUAACUUCGUCGCCAUUGGGAUGGAUGCUAAAGAAGAACCUGUCGUUUAAAUACGCAAAUAGGAUUAUGCCUAUCGAUGAAACGUUUUCCGUUUGGGAUGAAGAAAUUGGAGAAGAAGCGUUGAGAGAAAAUGUCAGAGACUUUAUUCGAAGAAAAAAGCGGAAGAAUGUCAUCAUCGGGAAUACCAUUAUUUGGUGCCGUCGAGAUGAUUUACCGAAGAGCAACGAUAUAAAGCUCACAGACGAGAAGAUGUUGCGAAGAACGCUGGAGAGCGUAUUGGAUGAAAAAAAUGGAAGACCGGAACUAUUAACAACGAAGGUUAACAGCGACGUUCUCGUCGUGUCUCAUUUCCGUUCUGGUACGAAUCAGCGCGCGCCAACGUUCGGGCUAGCUUUAAUACCUCGAGAAUAUUGCGAAAAGAUGAAAAAAGGAGAUUCAUUAGAAGUGAGAAGAUUUUUGAAACCAAACGAUAUAGAUAGAAGAGGAGAAAACGGGAGAAAGGAGAGAAGAGAUGCACCAGAUGCGAAUGCUGUUCCGAAAGAAAAUAGUUCGGCCAACUCGCAGUGUCAACUGUGCGAAAGAUUUUUCAUGUCGCGAAACGCGGUUUUUCGGCACCUCGACGCGUGCGAUAAGAAUCCUUUGAAUAGUUGCAAAGAAGAUAGUAGUAGUACAAUAGCAAAUCACGAUAACGUUCCGAUAUUAACAUCAUCGAGUUGCGUGAAGCAUGAAAAGAAGCGCAAGCGAGAAGAAAAGCCACCCCCAUAUUCAAACGCGGAUGUUUGGUUCGGUGGAUUUCCGAAAGAACACGCGACGAUGAAAGGACUUUCUCAACUCCUUUGGAAUCUGAAUCUGAAUUUGAAAAGUAUCCAGGCGCCGAAAGUGUUGUGGAUUUGUAAAAAAGGAUGGCGAGCAAAGACGAAGAAUAAGGAAUGGCUCUCGUAUGCGUUUCUGAGAUUUCGCGAUCAGGCAGAAGCAGAAAUGGCAAUUACAGUUUUAAACGGCAUUAAUACGAAGUUUGGCAGCGAUUUUUGCUAUGCUGGUGAUUGCAGUAACGAAUAUCGUCUCAAAGCAAACGCGCGUUCGAAAGAAAAGCACGUAUUGGAUGUCUCUGCAACGCGUUCGGUGGAGAGGAACGCGGAUCCCCUAGAAAAAAAAAUAUACUACGCGUGGCUUCGCGAAGUGCGCGAUGAACGCGGUGACGAGACUGGAAAGCACAUGGAAAUGCAAGAAUGUGCGGAGCAUCCAGAAACGUAUUCGUGGUUGAAUUAUGACAGUGGACGUGAAUUGAUAGACGUGGAAGGAGUGCCGGUUCCUCAGGAUAUGCUCACAAGGCUGUUGAAGUGCUUGCAAGAGUAUCGGUGGUCGGCUCUCUCGCAUCGGCCGUCGAUGGAAUCUCAGCAUUAUCUGGUUUUAAAAAGAAAGUCAAAGGAAACUAGCAACUGUGCGACGAAGAUCUCAGAAGAUGAUGUUUUGCGCGCUUGUUGCGAAGAUAUCAUGGUUAACUUCGCCGAAAAGGAUUUCGAGUACGAUUCCUUGGCGAUAACGAAGAAUUUCGUCGCGUCGCCGCACGUCGAUAAGGACGAUAUGAGUUAUCAGUUUGCUUUGUCCUUGGGUGACUUUGAUUCGGGUGGCGAAUUAAUGGUUGAAAACCGCCUCGGGACGAAAAGGUACAGAGUAAAUACCAAAAAUAGAAUAGCAAAGUGUGACGGACGAUCGUGCCAUUGGGUUCGCGGAUAUUCGGGUGAUAGAUAUAGCGUGAUUUGGUACGUGAAUGACAAGAAGAAUUUCACUCCACAAACGUUCGAUAGAAGAAGACAGUGGUGGUGCUGA